GUUUUGCCCAAGGGGCGGAGUUGAUACUUCCUUUGUUGACGAUUGACGGGUGUGGACAAGCCGCCCAAACGGCCGGGGCUGCCCGCGUCGGUGCGACGCGCUCGCGCGCCGGACGCGGCUCCGUCGCUCCCGCGCAACGGAAGACCGCGCGUUUUGGACGCACACAUACGGCCGCGCCGCGACCGACGACCGGCCGACCAUGCCGGAGGCGGAGGUGACGAACGUGCGCGUCGCGCUGCGGUGCCGGCCCCUGAGCAAGAAGGAGCUGAGCGAGAAGGACAUCAACGUCUUCAGCAAGGAGGGGAACAUCGCGAAGCUCGUCGACCCGGAGAACGACAAGCCCGUGGAGUUCGCCUUCGACCACGUCUACGACGACAGCAGCAAGCAGAGCGAGGUCUUCCAGGACGUCGGCGUGCCCGUCGUCCAGUCGGCCUUCGACGGCUUCAACAGCACGGUCUUCGCCUACGGCCAGACGGGCUCCGGCAAGUCCUGGUCCAUGACCGGCGACCUGAGCAGCGAGUCGAACCAGGGCCUCAUCCCGCGCAUCAACACGGCCAUCUUCGAGCGCAUCGCGUCGGAAACCGCCGCGAACGCGUCGCGCCUCUUCCUCGUGCAGUGCUCCUACUUCGAGAUCUACAACGAGAUCAUCUACGAUCUGCUGGACCCGCGGAACCGCAAGGACAAGGAGAAGUCCGGCGGCCUCCAGGUCAAGGAGCACCCCGUGCUCGGCAUCCACGUCCAGGGCCUCCAGGCGCUCGUCGCGGAGAACGCGGCGAAGAUCGCGGAGCUCAUGGAUCUCGGCGCGAAGAACCGGACCGUCGGGUCGACGCAGAUGAACAGCGAAUCGAGCCGCAGCCACUCCGUGUGCCUCAUCACGGUCCACCAGAAGGACACGGAGAACGAGUCGAAGAACGUCUACUCGAAGCUGAAUUUGGUGGACCUCGCGGGCUCCGAGCGCGCGGACCGCACGGGCGCGACGGGCGCGCGGCUCAAGGAGGGCGCGAACAUCAACAAGUCGCUCACGACGCUCGGGUCCGUCAUCAACGGCCUCGUGGAGCAGGCCCGGGGCAAGAAGGGCGUCUUCAUCCCCUACCGCAACUCCAAGCUCACGCGCGUGCUCCAGGAGUCGCUCGGCGGCAACGCGCUCUGCACCAUGCUCGCGACGCUGAGCCCCGCGCGCGCGAACGUCAAGGAGACGAUGUCGACGCUCCGCUACGCCGCGCGCGCCAAGACCAUCAAGAAGUCGGUGACGAAGAACGAGGAGAGCGGCCAGAUCGACAAGCUCAACGAGGAGGUCGCGCGGCUCAAGAAGAUGCUCGCGGAGAAGGCCGCCGAGGCCGCGAGCGGCGGCGGCGACUCCGGCGGCGGGCCCGUCAACGACGAGGAGUUGAAGGCCGCGCAGAGCAUGCUCAGCACCCAGAUCACGGAGAUGGAGGCCCUCACGCGCCAGACCUGGCAGGACAAGCAGCAGGCGUCGCGCCAGCACGAGGCCGAGGUCGCGAAGAUGCGCCGGGCCCACAAGGACGCCGCGCGGCGCGCCGAGGCCGAGCGGCGGAAGCGGUUCCAAUUGUUGCGCCAGAAGGGCGACGUGGAGCUCAGCGUCAAGGAGCUCGCCCUGCCGUCGAAGUGGGCCGACGCCGCGCGGGCGCUCGACGCGCUCAAGGGCCGCGUCGGCGAGCGCCGGUCCCACGUCGCGGUGUUCCGCGACGCGCUCGGCGAGGACCUGCGGCUGCUGAGGGAGGCGGGGUCCGGGAGCCUGGACGGGUCGCGGUCGACGAACCUGGGCGACUCGGCGACGCUCGAGGACGCGACGCGGUCGUCGUCGGACGCCGCGGCCGCCGCGGCGCUCGUGACCAAGGGCGCGGCGGACGCGAUGCGCGCGCGGCUCGACCUCCUGCUCAGCGAGCUCGGCAAGCUCGGCCAGGACGAGACCCUACUGCUCGCGGGCGCGAACAACCUCGUGGGGGAGGUGGAACGAGCAUUGGAGGUCGCCGAGGCCGCGCCGACGCCGUCGAACGGCGACGACCGGAAGGAGGCGCUCAAGGACGCGAAGCGGCGGGAGCGCGU